CUGAACGUUUGUGGUCUAACGAAGCUGGGAAGUUUUCGGGGCGGAACAAAAAAAUACAAACUUUUGAGAGGAUUUAUGAGGAAUUCCUCAGGCUGCCCUCGAUCGUCAGCUCGAUACAUGACUUUACUAUGGAUGUUCUGUAAAUACUGUCAGCUGUGCUGCGGAAAACCCCCCAAACACCCUUAUAAACACGGACACUGGGCUCAGUAGUGGCUAGUUGGACGCGGGCUUUGCUUGACUAAUGUUAGGCGUUGGCAUAUUUUAGCGCAUCUAUAGGUUGACGCCCCGCUGUUUAUCAGUAUAAAUAUUAAAAGUUCAUUUUUGUCAAUAAUGUCGGAAGAGCAGAAUCAUAUUUUAGGUUUUAUGAGUGACACUAAUAGGUUAGCUUGGCUGGCUGCUCCAGUAUGCCACUUAUUUGGUUAGCUUUAGCAAUCGCGCCAAAUUUGAUCAUUAAUAAAACACGAUUCAUGCAAAUAUGUAAAUACUAAUUUAUACUAAGUAAGGAAGGUGUUCAUGGCUCGGUCAGCUGAGGAGCUGUAUAUAAGUUAGAUGAUCCAUUGGUGGUGGUUACUCCUGAAUCUGGCGGGAAUUUGCUCACCAGGGCUGCUUUGUUACACGGCAGAAAAGUGUCUAAAUAGCCGUGUUAAAUCGUUAGACCAGUGAAUUGUGCAACUUUUCUCCACUUUAUCUUGUUGGUGCAUGGCUUGGAACCUGCUGGUUAUUUUUUUAAUGAUUAUUAGUGACAUAAACCAGUGUGUUAUUAGUCAUGUUAAUCGUUCCUUCUGUGUCCCUCUUAUCUGGUUAAAAGUGACGUUUGAAAUAAAAAAGUACAUGUAUAAUUUUGCGUACAUUUACAGAAUUAUCCCCAUCUGUAUCUUUUUUAUCGUUAAAUAGAUAAACGAGUAUAUUAGACAUCUCUUCCCGCCUUCAUCGUUUAGAAGCAGAGCAAGAGAUCUUUUAUUUAUUAUUACACACAUAAACUAGCGUGUCAUGUGUCAUAUUAGUGUUCUCUAGCGUUUUUGUGCGUGUUUAUAUGCGGGUGUGUGUGCAUUUCAACUGAAUAUGCGCUAUUUUUAAACUUACUUGCUGAUUUUUUUCUCAAAGCGCGCCUUUUUUACACAAUCUAAGAAAACCGGUCACGUAUUUGUGUAGAACACAAAACUCACAGCGUUUGAAAUUCCCGCGAUCCGCAUAUGACGUUCGUGAUUCUAAUUGGCUGGUGGCAUCAGAAAAUGUUAAAUAACCACUCGGAACUUCGCUCUCAUUGGUCGGGCUGGAUCGAGCGCCAAGAACUGAAUAAAAAGGGAGCAGCUGGAAGACUUUCUUCAUUUAGUUUCUUCACUACGCUUAGGGUUUCCUGCUCUGCUCUCUCUUUUGUUUCUUAGCCUUUCACUCUUUGCUUUUAUUUCUACCUGUUUUUUUACAGCGAGAACUUUUCAUCCUCUUUUUAGCUCCUCUCAAAAUAGACAAUGCUGUCCACUCGCUCUCCUCUCAAAGCCAAGAACGAAAACGCCGUUUCUACAAAAAUGGACACCCUGUCGCUGGUGGACAAAGAAAACACGCCCCCAAGUUUGAGCACUUCAAGAAUCCUGGCUUCUAAAACGGCGCGCAAAAUCUUCGCUGACUCUGAGGAGCAACCCAAACCCAAGAAAGGGAGUGUGGAGGAAGAACCCCUUCUGAAGGAUAACCCACGCCGCUUUGUCAUCUUUCCCAUUCAGUACCAUGACAUCUGGCAGAUGUACAAGAAGGCAGAAGCUUCUUUCUGGACAGCUGAAGAGGUUGAUCUGUCCAAAGACCUUCAGCACUGGGAGUCCCUGAAAGAUGAGGAGAGAUACUUCAUCUCUCACGUGCUGGCAUUCUUUGCUGCAAGCGAUGGCAUUGUCAAUGAAAACUUGGUGGAGCGCUUCAUGCAGGAGGUGCAAGUGACGGAGGCACGUUGUUUCUACGGUUUCCAAAUUGCCAUGGAAAACAUUCAUUCGGAGAUGUACAGUUUGCUCAUUGACACGUAUAUCAAAGAUCCCAAAGAGAGGGAGUACCUUUUCAAUGCCAUUGAGACUCUUCCAUGUGUGAAGAAGAAGGCUGACUGGGCCCUCAACUGGAUUGGCAACAAGGCUGCUAAAUAUGGUGAGAGAGUGGUGGCCUUUGCUGCUGUGGAGGGAAUCUUUUUCUCUGGUUCUUUUGCCGCUAUUUUCUGGCUGAAGAAGAGAGGCCUCAUGCCUGGCCUUACGUUCUCCAAUGAGCUCAUCAGCAGAGAUGAGGGUCUUCACUGUGAUUUCGCCUGCCUAAUGUUCAAGCACUUGGUGAAUAAACCUUCUGAAACAACAGUCAAGAAAAUCAUAAUGAAUGCCGUUCAGAUUGAACAGGAGUUCCUGACCCAGGCUUUGCCCGUUAAGCUGAUUGGCAUGAACUGUGACUUAAUGAAGCAGUACAUUGAAUUCGUGGCUGACAGGCUGAUGCUGGAGUUGGGUUUCAACAAGAUCUACAAAGUAGAGAACCCCUUUGACUUCAUGGAGAACAUUUCCUUGGAGGGGAAGACCAACUUCUUUGAGAAGCGAGUGGGAGAGUACCAGAGGAUGGGGGUCAUGUCUGGACCCACAGACAACACCUUCAGGCUCGAUGCCGACUUCUAAACUUGAAUGGAAAGUGAAUGGACACUUGUAAAUCUAACACUUGAAGAGGUGAUGGUCCGCAGACCACCUCUGGAUCUCACCAACAUUGUCACUUGUCAGGACUGCUGGAACAUCAUAACUGCUGAUUUGACUUUGCAGUAUAUGUUCUGUUAAGCAUGUGGCUGUUUUUAAAUAGCUUUUGGAAUACGUUAAUCCCAAAUGCAGUAAAGCUUUUAUCUUGUUUUCCUUUUUUAUUGUAUAAAUUUUCUACAACUGGUGCUGGUUUAUUUAUAGCUUGUACAAACAGCCUUUCCUGCUUUAAAUACGGCUUUCCUUUUAAUGCCUGACCUUUCACUCUUGCCAUCAUCUUGAUGCUGUUUAAAGAUGUAAAUAAAUUGAUUUUGAUGGAA